GCCCUCUACAGGGACGUCAUGCAGGAGAACUACGAGACGGUGACCUCGCUGGGAUUCCCCAUUCCCAAACCUGAUCUGAUCGCCCGGCUGGAACGAGGGGAAGAGCCGUGGGUCCCAGAUCUCCAGGCCACGAAGGAAAGGGAGAGCGCGAGGGGCACCUGCACAGGUGAGGGGUCAGGGAAACUGAGACAGAAACAUCUGGCAAGUGAAGGAAAAACUGGGACUCCCAAAAUGUGCGCAGGUGAUAGGACAGUGAGUGAGAACAAGGAGGAGAAUCGGCAGCAGGAAGGUCCUGGGAAAGUGGAACCGCAGGAGACGUUUUUGAGAAGAGCUGAAGGGAAUUUUUCCCAGGACUUGGAACAGGGAAAAGUCUGGGGAGAUCCACACAGAUCAGAGAUGCAGGUGGGAAAUUAUCCCAGGAGGAAACUGGAUGAAUCCAUUCAAUAUGGGACAACAUGCAAAGAUCCCAAGGAAACCACAGCCCAGCAGACAUAUCACAGGGAAGAGAAACCCUAUAAACACCUAGAGAGUAGGAAGAGAUUCAAUAUGAGUAGAAACCUUGUUACACUUCAGAGAAACCACUCAGGCGAGAAACCAUAUAAAUGCUUGGACUGUGGGAAAACCUUCAGUAAGAGCUCAGGCCUUGUUAAACAUGGCAGAAUGCACAUGGGGGAGCGACCUUAUAAAUGCCUGGACUGUGGGAAAACCUUCAUUCAGAGCUCAGAUCUUAUUAUACACCAGAGGCUGCACACAGGAGAGAGACCUUAUAAUUGCCUCGAGUGUGGGAAAAGAUUCAACGUGAGAUCAAACCUUAUUAAACAUCAGCAAAAACACACAGGAGGGAAACCCCAUAUUUGCAUGGAUUGCGGGAAAUGUUUCAGUCACAGCUCCUACCUUAUUACGCAUCAGAGACUGCACACGGGAGAGAGACCCUAUAAAUGUCUUGAGUGUGGGAAAAGCUUCAGUAAUAGUGCACACCUUAUUAAACAUCGCCGAAUUCACACAGGAGAGAGACCCUAUAAAUGUCUUGAGUGCAGGAAAAGUUUCAAUCAGAGCUCACACCUUACUGUACAUCAGAGAACACACACAGGACAAAAACCCCAUACAUGUUUGGACUGUGGGAAAAGUUUUAGUCAGAGAUCGGUCCUUCUUAGACAUCAGCGAAUCCAUACAGGAGAGAAACCCUAUACGUGUUUGGACUGUGGGAAAAGUUUUAGUCAGAGAUCAUCCCUGCUUACGCAUCAGAGAAUCCAUACGGGAGAGAAACCCCAUACUUGUUUAGACUGUGGGAAAAGAUUCAUUCAGAAAUCACACCUUACUACACAUCAGACAAUCCACGUGGGAGAGAAAACCCAUAAAUGUUUGGACUGUGGGAAAAGCUUCAGUAACAGUUCCUACCUCACUAAACACCGGAGAAUCCACAAGAGUGGGAUAAGGGACGUCAUGCAGGAGAACUAUGAGACGGUGACCUCGCUGGGAUUUGCCAUUCCCAAACCUGAUCUGAUUGCCCAACUGGAACAAGGGGAAGAGCCAUGGGUCCCGGAUCUCCAGGCUGCUGAGGAAAGGGAGAGCCAGAGAGGCACCCACACAGGUGAUGAGACGGUGAGGGAGAACGAAGGGGAGAAUCGUCAAUCUGAAGGUCCUGAGCAAAUGGAACCCAUUAUUAAAACAGCUGAUGGGAAUUUUUCCCAGUGCUUGGAACAGGGGGAAGCCUGGGGAAAUUGGCACAGGUCAGAGAAGCAUCUGGGAAACCACCCAAGGAAGAAAGGGAAUGAAUCCAUUGAAGGUGGGGCAGGAUGCACAGAUCCUAAGGAAACUACAGUCCAGCAGACAAAUCCCAAGGAGGAGAAACUCUAUAAAUGCCUUGACUGUGGGAAAAGCUUCGGUGUGAGAACCAACCUUAUUACGCAUCAGAGAAACCACACUGGAGAGAAGCCCUAUAAAUGCUGGGAGUGUGGGAAAAGCUUCCAUCAGAGCUCAAGCCUCACUAAACAUCGGAGAAUCCACACGGGAGAGAGACCCUAUGAAUGCCUUGACUGCGGGAAAAGAUUCAGUGUGAGAACAAACCUUAUUACGCAUCAGAGACUGCACACGGGAGAAAGACCCUAUAAAUGCUUGGACUGCGGGAAAAGCUUUAGUCAGAGCUCAAGCCUUACCAAUCAUCGGAGAAUCCACACAGGAGAGACACCCUAUAAAUGCCUCGACUGCGGGAAAAGUUUCAAGGUGAAAACCAAUCUGAUUACACAUCAGAGAAACCACACAGGAGAGAAACCCUACACGUGUUCGGACUGUGGGAAAAGCUUCAGCCAGAGCUCAAGCCUCACGAAACACUGGAGAGUCCACACAGGAGAGAGACCCCAUACAUGCCUAGUGUGUGGGAAAAGUUUUAGCGAGAGCUCAACACUUAUUAAGCAUGGGAGAGUCCAUACGCGGGACAGACCCUAUGAGUAACUCGAGCGUGGGAAGAGAUUGAAUGAAAUAUAAGCCACUGUUAUGCAUCGGGGAACCCACACAGGAGAGAAACCCCAUAAAUGCUUGGACUGUGGGAAAAGCUUCAGUUGCGGCUGAAACCUUACGAAACAUCAGUGAAUGCACAAGAGUGGGAGAUCCUAGAAAUAACUUGACUGUGGGAAAAGAUUCAGAGCUCAGACAUGAUUACACAUCAGAUAAUUCAUGAGCGAGAGAAAGACCUUCAGUGUGGGAGAAGCUUCAACUGGUGCUCCUACAGUAGGGAGCAUCAUCAAAUGCACACAGAGAAGAGUCCCAUUGGAGCACUUUGAAAGCUGAAGACAUCUAAGUGUAGCUAAUUCCAUGUUGGACAUCAGAGACUCCUCCACACAGCAGGGAAAUUCUCUCAGGGCCCUGACUGGGGUCGGCCAUGGUGACAAACCCAUUUCCUCGUUCCCACACACAUCAGGGGCGUUUGGCUCCCAAGGAUCCAGCUGCCCAUCGCUGGGGUGAGGAUCCAGCAGCAGCUGAGGAUCAGCUGGUCAGUGACCCUCUGGCUCUGCCUGGUCUAAGCAAACCCCAGGCAGAGGAGGGCCCUUUGUGCGAGGCCUGGAGAUCCCACCGCUGCCUCUGCAGCAUCAGGCCCUGAGCAUCUGGCUAUGGUAGGAAAAGCAGUUGGGAUCAGCCAGCUCGUCUCCUCUGGCCCUCCCCCACUUUUCCUAGUCUAGACUGACCUUGAGCAUCUUAUCACAUCACCCCAUUAGCAGAGUGAUUGUUAUAGUCACGAGUUCUCCCUUUGGGGAUAAAUUGUCUCAUUCCCAGAUUCUCACAUUGCUCCAAUGUGGGUUUCCCCAUGCCCCCAUUUUCUCCCUUCUAUACCAGAAUUACAUUUAUUUAAAAAAAGCUGGAGGCAGGGAUAGUAAAAUGUGGUGUUUUAGCUGCUAUGUUAUUCGAAAGCAUUGGGGUGAGUCUGAGGGAUUCCCUCCUUCCCCCGUCACUGUCGCGCUCCAUCUUUGAUGCAGCAAGCUCUGUCCAAGCUUCGGAGAGUUUUAUCCUCUCCCUAUUCUAUCCCUCCGCCUCCCAAAGUCUCACUUGCCACAGUGUCCUUUGCUCUGCAGGAGUGGCACAUUGAUUGCUUGGAUCCUAAAUCAGACUCCUGAGAGGCAGAGAAAAAAGUGUUGCAGGCCUGGAGGGGGAAUUCAAAUGAAGCCCAAAGCACAGCAGGAGGUUUCUGAGCUUCAAUCCCUGUUUCCAUCUAUUGGUAAAGUGGCUUCUGGGAUUUCCCAGCUAAAUCCAGAUCAUUUGUCCAUGGGAAGGUUCUCCUCUCCCCUUCUUUUCUUUUGUUAGGGUAAUGCAAACACUUUUGUAAAUUACACAACCAAAUAAGGUCAUGCUGAGUAAAGCAGGUUUAGCCAGAUCAGAAGAAGAUGGGUCAAUUUAUUUUCCUUAUUUUGAAUUUGAAGAUUCUCUGGGAUUUCACUUCAUGAAUGCGUGAAAGUGUUUUAUGGCCCACCCUGGAUUGUCGCUUUUUCUCUCCUUGGUGAAGGCUGUUUGGUCACGUACUUUGAUAUUAGUUUACUUUGACAGGAUGUAGCUCUGAUUUAUUGGAGACUUCACUAAAAAAUUGAUGAUUUGCCAGAAUAGUAUGUAUUUUUUUCACACUUUUCUACCCUUCCCUCUAAAGAUUUCAGUGUGGUUUGAAAAUUGAAAAUUAUCAAUAUCUAUCAGCACACGCACUGAGGAUGAGUGAAAGAAGAAGGAAGUUACUGUCUGAUCCCUGCAGAGAUAUGAGAUUCAGUCAGGAGCGGGAGAGGGUGGGGCUGGAAAACUGCAGGAUUUGCUCUUCAGAGCCAGAGAGAUGAGGCUGAGAACUGUGAACUCGCUGUACUGGGGCCAGAGAGAGAGGAAUUGUCCUGUGAGUCCCUGAAUUCUAAAUGACUAUGAACAAUGCCCCUAGAGGAAUGAUCCAGGGAGGGGGGACCAUCUCCUGUUUGUGGAGAGGUGGAAUCUGGGCAGAGGCGAGAAGGAAGCCAGGGAAAUGAACUGGCCUCGCCAGCCCUGAAGCCAGACAAAUCUCUGUCACCAAGAGGCAGAAGUGCAUCCUGGAAGCACAGCUACUCACUCCCUCAACAUCUACGUUUCCUCUGUGCGGAUGAGAGACGUUCUGUGCUCCACUCACCUCACACUGCAUCCAUCUUCUAACCUGAGCUCCCUGGGUUUCCUGCUCUUUUGUGACUGGGUCCCAGCAUCUCUCGUGAAUUGUCUGCACUUUUCCACCAGCUUUAACUUGUUCCUCUUUCCCUGCUGCCUGCAGGUGCUGGGAGAAUCCAUGUGCUGGCCUGGGGCAGAAAUGCAUAUUUAUGAGCUGGGUGCUAGGUGGGGAGAGGGGAUGGUUAACUUGUAUUUCUUGCUGGCUAAGAAUAAAGUAGAAUUUAGCUUCUCAAACUCCCUGCGGCCCUUGUCUUGAAUAAUGGGAAAAA